AUGAAAGCCUUUCUCAACAUCAUCACUUAUGCCACCGUGGCACUGGCUGCAAGCCGCACCAGUCCACCUUCAGGCUGCUUGCAUGUCGCCAAGUCAGGUGGCACUUAUACGACGUUCCAAGCGGCAGUCAAUGCUUUAUCAACUACAUCGACUUCAGACCAAUGCAUCUUCAUCAACCAGGGCACAUAUACUGAACAGGUGUACAUACCAGCUCGUGCAGCAAAACUGACCGUCUACGGCUACACCACAGACACCACUUCAUACACGGGCAACCAAGCUAUCAUCACCUACAAUAACAAUGCCGCCAGUGCUGGAAAUAAUGACGCCAGCGCCACCGUGCGUGUCUGGUCGGACAACUUCAAGAUGUACAAUUUGAACAUCAUCAACUCAUACGGAAAGGGCUCUCAGGCUCUUGCCUUGAGUGCCCAGAGCUCGGGCGGUUAUUACGGCGUUUCCUUGUACGGCUUCCAAGACACACUGCUAGCCAAUGAAGACCAGCAAUACUACAAGAACAGCCAAAUCACCGGUGCAACAGACUUCAUCUUCGGUCAACGAGCACAAGCCUGGUUCGAGAAAUGUGACAUCAGAGUCCGCAACGGGGGCUACUACAUUACUGCAAAUGGCCGUGACUCCUCCAGCAACCCGUCUUAUUAUCUUUUCAACAAUUGCAACAUUGCUGCUGCAUCAGGAGAGUCUGUCUCUAGCAGUACCUACUAUCUUGGCCGUCCUUGGCGCACUUAUGCUCGGGUCGUUUUCCAGAACACAGCCAUGAGCUCUGUUAUCCGCAGCGAAGGCUGGGUGGUCUGGAACUCGGAUACCGAUACCUCCACGGUCUAUUAUGCAGAGUACAACAACUCAGGUGACGGCGCCACUGGAACAAGAGUCAGCUGGGCUAAGAAACUUUCCUCAGCUGUAUCCAUGUCUACUGUACUUGGCAGCUCCUACGCCAGCCAGGCGUGGUAUGAUUCGUCGUAUUAG